UCUGGAGCUAGAACAUCCAAUAAAUAAUUCAUCGGAGCCCGGGCUGGAGCUCCUCGCUGAUGUCAGCGCUCUGUGCAAACGGCGGACGCUUGCAGAAAGUGCCAACUCCAGGCAGCACUGCGUAGGGAAUGGGACUGCUGGACUGCGAGCAUGUCAAAGACCAGAGAUGGGUAGCCUGAACAAGAGCUUGGCGUUUCUCACUGCCGCAGUUGGGAUCGGCUUGUUAUCCGGAGCUCAAGUUAGAAAGCCAGGAAGAUGCCCAGCUCGCUGCAGCUGUACAAGGGACACCGUCAUGUGCGUUGGAACUUCAUCUGUCCCGAGGAUUGUCCCCAAUGAUAUAAUCUCCCUGAGUUUGGUAAACGGAAGUUAUUCUGAAAUAACAGAAGGCAUGUUCUCAAAUUUGCCAUUUUUGCAACUGCUACUCCUGAAUUCAAAUUCAGUUACGUCAAUAAAAGGUGAUGCUUUUGCUGGGCUUCCACGGCUAGAGUAUUUAUUCAUUGAAAACAAUAAAAUUGAGUCUUUAUCGAAACAUGCUUUUCGAGGGCUCAAAAAUGUGAUCCAUCUUUCUUUGGCUAACAGUGGCAUCAGAUCCUUACCAAGAGAUGUUCUCAAUGACUUGGAUUCCUUGAUUGAACUAGAUUUACGUGGAAAUGAACUCCAAUGUGACUGUAAAACAAAAUGGAUGAUGAGUUGGCUGAAGACCAUAAAUGCCACAGUGACUGAUGUUUUGUGUGCUGGCCCACCAGAACACGAGGGCAAGAAACUAAUAGACCUGACAGCUUCUGACUUUGACUGCAUGUCAACAGAGUUUGUGCUGCACCAGAUCUUACCGUAUGAGUCUAUAUCUGUGAACACAUUCUCUUUUAAGGAUGACGUGUAUGUAGCAAUUGCUGAACCUAAUGUGGGAAACUGCAGAGUGCUUGAAUGGAACUAUAUUGAGAUGAAUUUUAGAAGUUAUGAUAAUAUAACUGGUCAGUCCAUAGUUGGAUGCAAAGCAAUAUCACUUCAAGAACAAGUCUUUGUGAUAGUUGCACAACUCUUUGGUAAUUCUGUCAUUUACAAAUACGAUGAGAGCUGGACCAAAUUUGUGAAAUUUCAGGAGAUCAAAGUUUCUCAAAUUUCAAAGCCAAAUGAUAUUGAGGCAUUCCAGAUUGAAAAUGAAUGGUUCUUUAUUAUAGUCGACAGUUCAAAAGCUGGGUUAUCAACAAUAUACAAAUGGAAUGGCAAAGGAUUUUAUCGUUAUCAGACUCUGCAUGAAUGGUUCAGAGACACAGACUCAGAAUAUGUCAACAUUAACGGUAAAUCAUGUUUGAUAUUAACCAGUCAGUCACAAGACCCAGCCAUUUUUGAAUGGAACAAAAAGACAAAACAGUUUGUUCAACAAAGUACAAUGCAACAUAUGGAGGAUGUCAUAGCUGUGGAAAGUUUCAGAAUUAAAAAUGAUCUGUUCAUCUGCCUGACAAAAUUUAUUGGAGAUUCUAAAAUUUUGAAAUGGAAUAUAACACAUUUUGUUGAAGUUCAAGAUCUCCCUUCAAGAGGAUCAAUGAUACUGCAGCCAUUUUCAUUCAAUGAUCGACACUAUUUGGUUGUAGGCAGUGACUACACUUUCUCUCAGAUUUAUAUUUGGGACAAUCAAAAGAAAGCGUUCACAAAAUUUGAAGAAAUGUAUGUACAGGCUCCUCGGUGUUUUACUGCUGUAUCCACAGAUCGAAUGGAUUUUUUAAUUGCUGCAAGUUUUAAAGGUAGCACUCAAAUUUUUGAGCAUGCAAUUGUUGAUUUAAGUCUGUAACUUAAUAAAAAGAUAUUGAAUCCAAAUAGGUGAGUUAGAUUGCUAUUGAAUCUUUUGAAGUAAAUGCAGAGGAAGCUGGAGUAAAUGUAAAAUAUUAAACAUAAAGCAAAUGUACCAUUAGAAGAAAAACAGCCACAGAAACUGAACAAUCAGGUAGUCUUCUCUUUCUGUGUCUGCUGGCUUUCUUCGUGAGGAAAGCUGAAGCAUGUUAUUUUCCUUGAUAUUUGUCAAAGACGCAGAUGCAUUGACUGUCUUCCUCUAAAUUGCUAAACUCAGAAUCAAAACUACAUUUAUUGACUAUAACAAAGUAAUUUGAAAUGUGCUUUCCUUUUACUAUCAGUACAUUACCUGCAGUAGCAAAAUAUUUAUGAAAUGAGCUCUUAUUCAUUGUUAAUAUAUAUUCUAAGUUUAGGAUAUGCAUAUUACAAUUCUAACAUGUCAUGUUAGGCAAUAAAUACAAAUGUCCAAGCU